CACUCCCCUUUUCAUUUUUGAAAAAUUAAAUUAAAUUUUGAAUCUUUCGAUCAUGUGUUCACGACUAUUAUAUAUAUGAGAAUGAAUGAAGUGGGGUAAGGAAAACCUACUAGCUAUCAAUGUAUGGACCCUUUCAUAUAUAUGAAAGAUAUUUUCUUCCAUUUCUGCUCUCACAUAGUUUCAACAAAAAGUUUACAUCUAUCUUUCCAGGCUGGUUAGCAUUUCAUCAUUGAAGAGUCAUGAUGAGAAAUGUGGUUUUGUUUUCAUUCAUUCUUUUGUUUGUUCUUCUCAUUAUUUUUUGUGCUAAUAGAACAUUCAAAAAUGAAGAAUCAUCAUCAUCAUCAUGGUUAAUGAAUGAAGCACAAUCUUUUUAUCAUCAUGUCAAAGCUAAUAGUCAUUCAGGUUAUGAACAUAUUUGGCCAGAUAUGGAAUUUGGAUGGAAAAUUAUUGUUGGUACCUUGAUUGGAAUAUUUGGAGCUUCAUUUGGAAGUGUUGGUGGAGUUGGUGGUGGUGGCAUCUUUGUUCCAAUGUUAAUCUUGAUUAUUGGAUUUGAUGCAAAAUCAGCUGCUGCUAUUUCAAAAUGUAUGAUUACUGGUGCUGCAAUAUCAACUGUAUUCUUCAAUUUGAAACUAAGGCAUCCAACACUUGAUAUACCAAUGAUUGACUAUGAUUUAGUGCUUCUUAAUCAACCUGUAAUCAUUCUUGGUAUUAGCAUAGGGGUUCUUUUAAGUGUAGUUUUUGCUGAUUGGAUGAUCACUGUUCUACUAAUUAUUAUCUUCAUAGGGACAUCAGUGAAGGCUUGCUUAAAGGGUCUUGAGACAUGGAAUAAUGAAACCAUAGUGUUAGAGGAGGCUGUCAAGCAUUUGGAGUCUACUGCCAGUAGCAGUGAAGAAGUUGAAUACAAUUACAAACGGCUUCCUAGUUGUCCGGAUGAUGAGACUCGAAAGGAAAUUACGCAAAUGGGUGAAUUUUAUGAGCUUUUUGAAAUGGAUGCACAUGUAGGAGCAAAAGAGCUUGACUUGGAGUAUACUAAGGUAAACCAGGGGACAAUUCUCAGCAAUAUUCGUUGGAAGGAAUUUGGAUUUCUUUGUUUUGUUUGGUUUGCAGUCCUUCUCUUACAGAUUGCCAAGAAUUAUACAACUACAUGUUCAAUCACAUACUGGAUACUUACUUUGUUACAGAUACCAGUGACCGUAGGGGUUUCAAUGUACCAAGCAAUAGGCCUAUAUCAAGGGAAGAAGAUUACAGUUUCAAAACAAGAUCAUGGCACACAUUGGCCAUUGCACCUUCUAAUUCUAUCACUUUCCUGUUCCUUGCUAGCUGGAAUUUUGGGUGGACUUCUUGGUGUUGGUGGUGGAUUUGUCAUGGGUCCUUUGUUUAUCGAACUCGGAAUUGCUCCUCAGGUAGCAAGUGCCACAGCCACAUUAGGAAUGACAUUUACAGCAUCAAUAUCAGUUGCACAAUAUUUCCUCUUGAAUCGUUUUCCGGUUCCUUAUGCUCUCUACCUUACUAUUGUGGCUACAAUUGCUGCAUACAUAGGACAGAAAAUCAUUGAUAAGCUUGUCAAUAUCUUUCAAAGAGCUUCCUUGAUUAUCUUUGUCUUAUCCUUCACAGUUCUUGUAAGUGCCAUUGCACUAGGUGGAGUAGGAAUAUCACAUAUGAUUGAGAAGAUUCAGAGGCAUGAAUACAUGGGAUUUGAGGACCUUUGCUACUAAGUUAUGGCGUUAUUGUUUGCCUUGGCCACACCCGGAGAGCACUGUUUAUAUUUGUUCUGUCAUACUCAUUGCAAAGCUUAAAUUAUUAAAUGGAGAUUACAUAUUUACAUUUGUCAGUCGUUAAGUCUUAGCUCAACUGAUAAAUAAUGCCAAAAUUACUAGAUCGGACGUCAUGAUGAGAGUUUGAACCUCGAUUCAUCUACUUAGUGAAGGGACGAGUUAUCUUUAUCGUGUUUUUAAGUAGUGUAUUGAUCAAAAUUUCACUAUUUAAGGUGAAUAGAAUAAGUGAAGAAUUGUUGUAAAAAAAAAAGAAUAACUGAAGAAUUUGUUAGUUGA